UGCAUUUAUCUGCCCCAUAGUUUGUUACUUGGUCUAUGGAGCAGUCCAACUAUACACGACAAACUAGCACUUUUUUUGGUGGGGGUGGUUUGCAAGAACGUUUAGUUUUGGUUCACAACUUUACCGGUUUGUGUAUUGUAGAUAUAAUCCUUUUCAUAGAGACAUCUAUUGCUGUACCAUGCUAGCUAUUACUAGGCUCUAUUAAAACCUUACCUAACAGAACUACCUCCUAGAGUAAGACUUCCCCAACCUUUUUUUCCCCCUCAGGCUCUUAAUACAUUUAUGGAAGUUUUGAACAACAGCCAAUUUUUGGCAAGGCUGCUGAAAUCUAAUAAAAAUGUGGACAUUAUUACUUUUGACAACUCAAAUGAACUUUACAGAAUCUCCACUUUUUCUGCAUUUGCUGUUGAUGCACCAGUCUCGGAGCGUAGUCUUGCUAAAGCUGGGUUUUACUACAUCGGCCCAAAUGACAGGGUGAAAUGCUUCAGCUGCGGCCUAAUGCUGGAUAACUGGAAGAAGGGGGACAAUGCAAUUGAAAAACAUAAAAAGCUUUAUCCAAGUUGCAGUUUCAUCCAGAAUGCUGCUUCUCUAAACCUUGGAGCAUCCUUGUAUUCUGCCUUUUCCCCUCCUACCUCUAUAAGCUGUCAGACCAAUUCAGUCUCUUCAGAAGAGGAUGUCCAGGUUUUAAGUGGAUCAAUUACAAGCACUCCCCAUGACUCCGUUACAGCACGGGGGGUUGAGGAUCUGUUUCCCCUAAGGGGCAGUGACAGUAACUCCUAUAUGUACACAGAAGAGGCUAGACUCGACACGUACACAAACUGGCCUGUAACCUUUCUCCCUUCAUCUCAACUUGCUAAAGCUGGAUUCUACUACAUAGGUCCCGGAGAUAAAGUUGCGUGCUUUUCCUGUGAUGGGAAGUUAAAUAAUUGGGAACCUAACGAUAAUGCCAUGUCUGAGCACCGUAGGCACUUUCCAAAUUGUCAAUUUGUGAGUAUCGCUGCCAAGCAGUCCCUGAGGUCCAGUGUUUCCAACAUCAGCAUGCAGUCCACUUCCGCCCGGCUGAAAACCUUUCAAAAAUGGCCGGCGAGGAUACCAGUGACACCCAAAAAACUAGCAGAAGCUGGUUUUUACUAUGUUGGGCGGAAUGACGAUGUAAAGUGCUUCUGUUGUGAUGGUGGUUUGAGAUGCUGGGAAUCUGGAGAUGAUCCAUGGGUUGAACAUGCCAAGUGGUUCCCAAGGUGUGAAUAUUUAGUGGAGAUCAAAGGUCAAAGUUUUGUCCAUGAUAUUCAAGAGCGAUAUCCACAUCUUCUAGAUCAGUUGCUGUCAACUUCAGAAAUGCAGAACAACGAGGCCCAGUACCCACCCAUUAUCCGCUUGGGCAAUGAGAACAGCCAGGACGAUGAGGUCUACAUGAACACUUCUGUGGUUCAGAAUGUACUAAUGAUGGGCUUUAAUCGCAGACUAGUUAAGGAAACUAUAAUGAGUAAAAUAUUGACAUCUGGGGAAAAUUACAAGGAAAUUGAGGACCUCUUAAACGAUCUAGUGUGCGCACAGAAAUCGCAAACCGAAGAAGAGAAAGACAGACAGUCGGAGCAAAAUUCAUCAGAUGAAAUAAAUGUAAUCCGAAGAAGUCGACUUGCGUUGUCACAAACUAUGACCGCGUUAUCUGUAGUAAUGGAUGACCUGUUCUCCUCAAUGAUCAUAAACUCUUCGGAGUAUGAGACCAUAAAACACAAAACACCGCCGGCUGCACAGAACCAAGAACUGAUUGACACAAUUUUAAUGAAGGGAAAAAGCGCAGUAGAAGCUUUCCUAAAGAGUCUUCAGACACAUGAACCGGCUUUACACAGAGAAUUAUUGUUGGAACAGUCACUAACGUGUCCAACAGCAGAUAAUUAUUCAGAUUUACCAAUGGAAGAACAAUUGAGGAGGCUGCAGGAAGAGCGGACCUGUAAAAUUUGUAUGGAUCAAGAAGUGUCUAUUGUGUUCAUCCCCUGCGGCCAUUUGGUAGUCUGUAAGGAUUGUGCACCAUCCCUUCGGAAAUGCCCAAUUUGCAGAGGAAUAAUUAAAGGCACAGUUCGCACCUUUCUUUCAUGAAACUGAAACAGAAACCACAUUACCUGUGUCUGGGUAAAUACUGAACGUGCAUCUUGUGACUCCGCAGUGGGAUGCUUUCAGAUAAUUUUUAUUUUUGUAGAAAAAAAAUAAAACCUGUUAACUCUAAA